AUGGAGGCGAGCUGGGGGGAUGGCUUCUUAGCCGCGUUGUCUGACGGGACUAUUGGCACCAAUUUCGCCCACAGCGGUGCUACAACGGCCUCCUUCGUGGCCCGUGGAUACUGGGCCAAGGUUCUCAACGCUGUCAAGAAAAAUAAGUCGAACUACCAUCCCUACGUCACAAUCCAGUUCGGGCACAAUGACCAGAAGUCAACGUCUGGUGUCUCCAUCUCCCAAUUUACGGCAAAUCUGGAGAAAAUGGUAGCCGAUGUCCGGUCGGCAGGGGGUACCCCAAUCCUGGUGACUUCUCUGAGCCGCCGAAGCUUCGACGAUUCAGGCCAUGUGGUUCCCUCGCUGGCAAACGUUGUAGCUGCCACCAAGGCUGCCGCAAAGGCUACAGGCUGCGAAUAUGUGGAUCUGAAUGGAGCAUCAACCAAAUAUCUGAACAGCAUCGGCGCAAAAAAUGCAGCAAAGUAUAAUCUUACACCCAAGGAUUAUACGCACCUGGAUAAAGCCGGGAUGAUCAUCUUUGGGAAUUUGAUGGCUUUGCUCUUGCGGACGUCUAUAGCCGACAGCUUUCAGAUUGCACCCAACAUCCACCCCCGGAGUGACGUGGUAACAGCCAUUGAAGCCGGCAAGUUUAAAUAUCCUUCCUAA